UAUUUUAAAAAAUUUGUGUCUGCGUCAUCUUCCACUGUCUCUCUUGAGGUUGCAGAGAGAGAAGAGAGAAGACACAGAGAGAGAAAAAGAGACUUACCUCGACGACUUCGAAUCCCUGAAAAUAAAACUUCUUAGGGUUCCUGUCUGCUACUUCGCUCACCACUGAGAAAGUGGUGAAUGAUGCCAGCUAAAUCUAAAGAUGAAGAUCCACAUAUAGAACACGGUACCCAGACUGUGCUGGAAUCAGCUAUCUACGCCCAACCUUGGUGGCGUGGAGUGGGGAACAGUUCAUCGUCAGGUGAAAGUGCUACAGCAUCAUCUUUGGUGGAUCAUCGUGAUAGUAUGGUCAUGAAUGGAGCUAUGCAGUCACAAGUUAAUGCUAGGCUGGAUGGUGGAGCCAACUUCAACAAAGAAUUGCGGACUACAGUAGGAUCACAGUCUGACCAGAAAAAUGGAUGCAAAAACCAGCAAAUCAAAAGCGUUUCGUCGUCGGUGGUUCCUACAAUGGGUGAACACCUGGAUCCAAAUUCACAAAUGGAACUUGUUGGUCACUCAAUCGUUUUGACAUCAUAUCCAUAUUCGGAUCCACAAUAUGGCGGGAUGUUGACUCCUUAUGGGGCACAAGCUAUGCUGCCUCCCCACUUCUAUGGCAUUCAUCAUGGUAGAAUGCCUUUGCCCCUUGAAAUGGAAGAGGAGCCUGUUUAUGUAAAUGCCAAGCAGUACCAUGGCAUUUUGAGACGAAGACAGUCACGUGCUAAAACUGAGCUUGAAAAGAAACUUAUAAAAGCUCGAAAGCCGUAUCUUCAUGAGUCUCGGCACCUACAUGCAUUGAGGAGGGCAAGGGGUUGUGGAGGUCGUUUCCUUAAUACAAAGAAACAAGAUGAUAAUGACGAAAAUUCCUCACUAGAAAAAAGCAUGACUUUGGAUGCAAAUGAUUCAGCCCAAUCUGCCAAAUCUAGUUUUGAGUGCUUUCCCAAUACCAGCAAUGGGAAUUUUGAUUCCUCAAAUGUCCAGCAAGAAGGAUCAGAUCCAUGGUUCAGGGCACACAAGAACCACACACUCUCUAGUGAUAAUGGCAAUGGCCAUGGCCCAUCGUCAGCAUACCCUUCAACGUUUGGUGACAGCAAGGAAAGUGUUUUCCUGGGUCAGCAGAGGGAAAACAUGCAGUUGAAUGGGUCGUCUCGUGGGGCCAUCCCCAGUAAAUGAGAUUCCUCUAUGAGGUGAAGCUGAAGGCAUGUGCAGUCUCUCUUGGGGGGAAACCCUGCUGUGCAAUGUCUAUAUCAGGCAAAUCAUUCUUGGCUUUGGUUACUUUUGUAAUUAUUGGGGUGUUGUGGAAGGAGAUAGGUGUGAAGUCCAUGUUGUCUUCAGUCAGCCAUCACUUGCACUCACUUGUGUUGUAGAAACAGUUAAGAAAGCAUCAGUUGGAAACUCAAGUAGAAAUUAGAUGUGAAUGUGUAGAUUUUAAACACUGCAGUUCUGUUUGAAAAGUGUGUUGUGACUUUCGUGUGAGACAAGAAUCUGCCUCUUGUUUAUUGUAUACUAUCCAAUGUAGUGGUUGUGGUGACUUUGCAAAGGCUACUUCAUCCAUCGUGGAAGGGUAUAA